AUCACUAGUGCUCUACAUGCAAACAUGCUGUGGGAUAUGGGUCACAAGGGGGCAGGUGUUAGGGUCGCCAUCUUCGAUACGGGCUUGAGUGAGACGCAUCCACACUUCAAGAAGGUCAAAGAAAGGUCGGACUGGACCAACGAGAAGACGCUAGAUGACGUAAACCCAAAUAGUAAUGCCCUCGCAUCUGUGCUCAUCGUCGUCGUCGUUGUGGUAACACGUCGUCUGCUUUCAUUCUCUGGUGGGAUGCUGCAGGAGUUGCCGGGCGGAUACGGACGACUGAAGCCAGACAUCGUCACCUAUGGGUCGGCCGUCCGAGGCUCCAACACGCAGGGCGGCUGCCGCUCGCUGUCCGGCACCAGCGUAGCGUCGCCCGUCGUCGCCGGCGUGGUGGCGCUACUGUACAGCGCGGUGGCUGGGCGCCGCGCCGCGGGCGUCGUCAACCCGGCGAGCAUGAAGCAAGCGCUGAUGGCGUCGGCGCGUCGCUUGCCCGGCAUCAACAUGUUCGAGCAAGGUCACGGCAAGCUGGACCUUGUGCGCGCCUACCAGGUGCUCAGCAGCUACCAGCCCCGGGCAGCGCCCAGGCGAG